UGGGCGGCGCGCCCCCUCCCCCGCCGCUUCCGCCCGGCCGCGGCCCCGAGCUGACAACAGGCGGCCGCGGCGCGGCUCCCGGCGCGCGCCCGUCGCCGAGCCAUGGGCGACAAGAAGAGCCCCACCAGGCCGAAGCGGCAGCCAAAGCCGUCGUCAGACGAGGGCUACUGGGACUGCAGCGUGUGCACCUUCCGGAACGGCGCCGAGGCCUUCAAGUGCAUGAUGUGCGACGUGCGCAAGGGCACCUCCACCCGGAAACCACGACCUGUCUCCCAGCUGGUCGCACAGCAGGUCACUCAGCAGUUUGUGCCCCCUACACAGUCAAAGAAAGAGAAAAAAGAUAAAGUAGAAAAAGAAAAAAGUGAAAAGGAAACACCUAGCAAAAAGAACAGUCAUAAGAAAACCAGGCCAAGAUUGAAAAAUGUGGAUCGGAGCAGCGCUCAGCACUUGGAAGUCACCGUUGGGGAUCUGACGGUCAUUAUCACAGACUUUAAGGAGAAAACGAAGUCGCCGCCCGCGCCCAGUGCCGCCUCCGCGGAUCAGCACAGCCAGAGCGGCUCCGGCUCGGACAACACCGAGAGGGGCGCGUCCAGGUCAUCCUCGCCCCGCGGAGAAGCCUCGUCACUGAAUGGGGAGUCUCAUUAAAGUUUAUUUUCUCCCGUU